UAACUAUUGUGUUACGUGACGUCGUUAUAAUAGCAGUACUAGUGUUCACGGAUUAUACUCAUGCAACAGGCUAAAAUUCGUUUUAAACUUUUUUGAUUUUAUUUUCUUCGUAUUUGUAUCGUAAAUUCAAAACAAUCGUUCGAAGAACGUCACACAAGCAAAAUGUCUGAUGUAAGUACUUAAACAUAGAACAUUGCGCUUAAAUAUAAACCUAACACUAGUAACAAUGUUAUAAAAUCAUUAAUUGUUUUGUUUCUUUUAGAGAGAUCUUAGUAGUCCCGAACCUUUCGAAGAGGUUGACUUCGAUGCAGCAGGCACUUCACCAGUACGAAAUUUUGAUGACGAAGUGCUGAGUGAAGGUGAUCCGCUAAGUUUGAGUCAAUUCGAUGAUCCAGAAGAAGAAGAUGGAGAAGAACUAUUUGGCGAUAAUUUAGAAAGGUAUAAGUUAUAGAAAAUUAAAUCAGUUAUAUUGUUUGUAUAGUUGCAUAAAUAGGCCCUUUAAUAUUUAUUUAAAUGUUGUGAAAUAAGCGCUUAAAAUAUUCAAAAAUCCACUUUAUUAUUAAUUCGAGCAGACAAAAAAACAAUGUUAUAGUUAGUACCAAAACCCAAUUAGUUCUAGACAAUUCAGCGAUAAAUUCUAUACCUAAUCCAUUUCCUAUUUAUUCUUUUAACAAUUAAUUAUAAUUUAUAUUUAUUGGAAAAUUCUAAUUAAAAAAUCUAAUUAUGACAAAAUUGUAGUAAAGUUUUUUAAAAUAAAAUGUUCAAUUUUACUUCUCUGUAUCAUAGAGUAAACUUUAAGCUUACUCUGUUAAUUUUUAAGGAUCUCUUAAUAAAUAUGCAAAUAAUUGUAAACAGUUUCUUGGUUAUAAUUGAUUGAUUUACUUUGCAGGGAUUAUCGUCCAAUAGCAGCUCUCGAUCGAUAUGAUGGUAUGGAAUUAGAUGACGAUGACUAUGAUGCUAUGAGUCCAGGUACUAGGGCCGCUGCUGAAAGGGAAUUACAAAGACGUGACCGAGAAGAAGGAACAGGCCGAAGAGAUGCUGAUGGCAUACUUUAUGGUUUGUAAUACCCUCAAUUCAUACAUUUUCCAUGAUAUGAUAUUUCAUUUAAUGUUUUAUUCUAGAUGAACAUGAUGAUGAUGAGGCUUCAAGAAAAAAACGCCGAAUGGCAGAAAGAGCAGCUGCUGGUUUUAUUGUUGAUGACGAGCAAGAUGAAGAAGUAUUAUUUUUAUACUUAUUUAAUAAAUAAAUUUAUUUAAUAUUGUUAUUUUGUUUCUUGUAGAUGAUAGAGUCCAUUGAAAAUUUACAAGAUACUAAAGGACACACAGUUUCCGAAUGGGUUACCAUGUUAGGGCCAAAGACUGAAAUCGCAAAUCGUUUCAAAAACUUCUUGCGCAAUGAUGUUUCUUCAAAUGGUGCUCAUAUUUACAAAGAUAAAAUCAGAAGGAUGUGUGAGAGUAAUUUAUGCAGCUUAGAAGUGGAAUUUACCAAUUUGGCCAAUAAACAACAUACACUGGCAUUAUUUUUGCCAGAAGCACCUUCGGAAAUGUUAACUAUAUUCAAUGCGGUUGCUAAAGACUUGGUCCUUUCCAUGUAUCCUCAAUAUGGAAGAGUUACUGCUGAAAUAUUUGUACGAAUAACCGAUUUACCCCUUAUUGAAGAAAUUAGUACCUUCAAGUAAUUGUUAUUAAUUAUAAAAUAUACUUUAAAAAAAAAGUAAUUACAAAUGUAUUUUUUAGGAAGAUUCAUUUGAAUCAGUUAGUCAGAACUUGUGGUGUAGUAACUGCUACUACAGGUGUAUUACCUCAGCUUAGUAUAAUUAAAUAUGAUUGUUCAAAAUGUGGUCAUGUUUUGGGGCCAUUUGUACAAUCUCAAAGUCAAGAAAUUAAGCCUGGGUCAUGUCCUGAAUGUCAGAGUACUGGACCAUUUAUGGUGAGUUAAAUAAACUAGUUUUUUCUAAUCAUCUGUACAUAUUAACAUACAUUAUUAUUUUAGGUUAAUAUGGAGCAAACUUUAUAUAGAAAUUACCAAAAGAUUACUAUACAAGAAUCUCCAGGCAGUAUACCACCUGGGCGUAUACCACGAAGCAAAGACUGUGUCCUAUUGGCUGAUCUAUGUGAUCAAUGCAAACCUGGCGAUGAGAUAGAUGUAACUGGAAUUUAUUCUAAUAGUUAUGAAGGGUCUUUGAAUACAGGCAAUGGAUUUCCAGUAUUUGCUACUGUUAUCAUGGCCAAUUAUUUAAUUGUUAAAGAUAAUAAACACAUAGUUGAUUUUCUUACUGAUGAAGAUGUUUCACAAAUUUUAAAAUUGUCCAAAGACCAUAAAAUCGGUGAUCGUAUUGCUGCAUCCAUUGCCCCAUCCAUUUACGGACAUGAUUAUAUCAAAAAAAGUUUAGCAUUGGCAUUGUUUGGUGGUGAACCAAAGAAUCCCGGUUUGUUUCAUUUUAAUUUUUAAAUUUUUAAUGAAUUAUUACUGAUAGAAUUAAAUAUUAAUUGUUUUAACACAUAGUUUUUAAAAUAUAUAAUAACAUUAAAAUAUUAUAGUAGUUUUAAUUUUUUUUUUUUUUUUGUUAUAGGCGAAAAACAUAAACUUCGUGGAGAUAUAAAUUUGUUAAUGUGUGGAGAUCCAGGAACUGCCAAAUCUCAAUUCUUAAAGUAUGUCGAAAAAAUUGCUCCACGUGCAAUUUUUACUACUGGACAGGGUGCUUCUGCGGUUGGUCUUACAGCUUAUGUCAAACGUGAUCAUCAGAGCAAGGAAUGGACUCUAGAAGCUGGUGCUUUAGUUUUGGCUGAUAAAGGAAUCUGUAUUAUUGAUGAAUUUGAUAAAGUAUGUUCAAUUAUUUGUUAUGAUUAAUGUCUUUGUAUAAUCUUAAAGUUAAUUAUAUUUAGAUGAACGAUCAAGACCGGACUUCAAUUCAUGAAGCUAUGGAACAGCAGAGUAUUUCUAUAUCUAAAGCUGGUAUUGUGACUUCAUUACAAGCUAGGUGUUCUGUAAUGGCUGCAGCUAACCCAAUUGGUGGUCGUUAUGAUCCAGCUAUGACUUUUUCAGAAAAUGUUAGUAUAAAUCUAACUUUAAUUUUUUAAAGUAAAUAAAUUGUGUUAAUAAAUAUAAAAUUAAUUUUGUAGGUUAAUUUAUCAGAACCUAUUAUGUCAAGGUUUGACAUAUUAUGUGUUGUACGAGAUGAAGUUGAUCAAGCUAAAGACAAACACCUUGCAACAUUUGUGGUACAGUCACAUAUGCGUAGUCAUCCUCUGAAUAAAGAUAAUAAAUGUGAAUUGAGAAAUCCAUUUUCCACUACUGACUUGGAACCAAUACCUCAAGAUUUGUUGAAAAAAUAUAUUGUCUAUUCUAAGCAAAAUAUUCAUCCUAAACUGCAUCGUAUGGACCAAGACAAAGUAGCUAAAAUGUAUAGUCAACUGCGACAAGAAUCUAUGGUAUACAAAGCAUAUUAUGAUAAUUUUGUUAGUCCAAUAUUAUACAAAAAUGUAUUUAAUUUAGAUGACUGGAAGUUUACCUAUUACAGUCCGUCAUAUUGAAAGUAUGAUUCGUAUGGCAGAAGCUAAUGCUAAAAUGCAUUUAAGGGAUUAUGUCCAAGAAGACGAUGUUAACAUGGCUAUACGUAUAAUGUUAGAAUCAUUUAUUGAAACUCAAAAAUACAGUGUUAUGAAAACAAUGAGAAAAGUAAAUCAAUUAAUUUUAAGGUUUGCUUAUCUUAUAAAAUAUAAAAACUUCUUUUUUUCUAAAAUAUAUAGACAUUCCAAAAGUACUUAUCAUUCAAAAAAGAUACCACGGAACUUUUGUACUUUAUAUUACAUCAAAUGGCUACUGAUCAACUGGCUUACAUUAGAGGUAUACAUGGUGUUACAGUUAACUCAAUUGAAAUACAUGAAAAAGAUUUCAAAGAUAAAGUAAGCUAUUUAUUUUCUACAAUUAUUUCAACGGUUUGACUUACUAUAUACUUUUUUUAGGUAAAACAGAUAGAUGUACAUGAUUUGAGACCAUUUUACGAAAGCAAAUUGUUUAAAAAUAACAAUUUUGUGUAUGACGAAAAGAGGCACAUAAUUACACAAACAUUACUACUCGGUGAAUAAAUAUAAUUAAUUGUUCAUAGUAAGUACACUCUUAAUAAUAAUUUUGUUGUAAAAUGUUGUUUAUGAAUUCAGUGUAAUAAAUUGUAUUAUUUGCAUGAAUCUAAAAAUAAGAUAUAAGUCAAUGACCACUUAUAUGUGUAUAUUUAUAUGCCUGUAUGUGUCACUAAAACAUCAGGCAAGUUUUAUUUGUGUAACAGAUGUAUUUAAAAGCUAUUUUUUUAAUUUUCAAAAUGUUAUAAUUUUUUGCUAAUAAUCUGUACUAUACUAUAUUUUAAACUGACCAGAUGUUGUACUAAUAUUGUAUACUUAUUUGAAUCAUAAUAUUAAAGUUAUAUUCUUAAUCCAAUCUUUUAAAAUAAAUAAUAUAUAUUUUUUAUGCAAACUAUAUAAUU